AAGUGACGUCAGCAGCAGCAGUAGCGCCACACCGGGGCUGUGGAGUGGGUGACGAGGAGCGACCAGAAUCACCAGGAAAAAUUAAAAGGAUCGACAAAAUGCACGGACAAUAAUUGUCAGUAAUCUAUUUUCACAUCUUGAGGCUAUUCCGUCACCGAGAUCCCCGAAGAGAGCUUAAGGUUAAGGCCAUGACGGCUGUCUGCCAUUCCAGGCUGUGUGGUUUUUAGGGAUGGCUUCCUUGGCUAGCCUACCCAGCUAACAGUUAGCCUCACUGGGUCCCAGUGUGGAAGAGAUAGCAGCAACAGCUCUGCGCUCAUACUCUCAUUUUGAUUAUUCCCGGGCUUGUUGUUCUCCGAGGACCAUGAGUCAGUGAACCAAGCUGUCUGGAUGGACAGUUUGACGGCGAUUAAUUGUCACAGCUUGGGCGUUUCUUCCAGGGUAGGUUUUUCUGGGCGGCUAGGCUCGCACUCGGCCAGGCGACCAGGAGAAGGGAUUGUACAGAUGUGGCCGUGGCAGCCUGUUGUGUCCCACCGUCUCUGGGCCUGAAGUUGGUAGUUUUUUUUUUUUUUUUUUUUCAUAUAUACAUGUUUGUCAUCAAGGAAAACUGCUAAAAGUGUCUAUAAAAUAAUUAACAUUUGCGAAUUUAUUUAGUCGUUUAGCACGCCAGCAUCUAGCUAGUUUUCCAGCCUAGCUUCUAAGUUAACGCAUCCAAACUAAAACCAGCUCAAUUUGAGGAGUGCAUCAAAUUAAAAUGUGUUGAUUGCACGUCUGGAGCCACCUAAUAUGGACAUGUUGCACUGCAGAUUUUCUGUAAACCCCUCUUUGUUUUUGUUGUUUUUUUUUUUUGUUUUUUUUUUUUUUUUUUUUUUUACCGAGCCCAAGCUGUCAAAUAUUGAACCUUUGACGGCAAUUUAUUUAUUUAUUUUUUUUACAUCAGCAAAGGAGGCCAGAUUCAGCACAAAGCAGCAAGACUGUCACCAACUUUAAAGUGGACUCCUGCACUCUGAUACUCUCGGCAGUGGUGUAGCCCGGCGCUCCUUGUCAGACGGACUUUUCCCCCCCAGCUCAUGCGGUGAUGACUUUGGAGCCCAUGAUGGCUUGUUGCCUGAGCGAGGAGGCGAAGGAGUCCAAGCGAAUCAACGCUGAGAUCGAGAAGCAACUCCGGCGAGAUAAGAGAGACGCACGAAGGGAGCUGAAGCUGCUGCUCUUAGGGACAGGUGAAAGUGGCAAGAGCACUUUCAUCAAACAGAUGAGGAUAAUCCACGGGACAGGCUACUCAGAUGAAGACAAAAAGAGCUAUACCAAACUGGUCUAUCAGAACAUCUUCACCUCCAUGCAGGCCAUGAUCCGUGCCACCGAAACCCUCAAGAUCCCCUUGGAGAAUGAAGAGAACAAGAAUAACGCCCUUCUGGUGCGGGAAGUGGACGUGGAAAAGGUGUCGACGUUUGAAGAGCCGUACAUCAGUGCGAUAACGAUGCUUUGGAAGGAUCCCGGGAUCAAGGAGGCUUACGAUCGUAGGAGAGAGUACCAGCUCUCCGAUUCAACCAAAUACUACCUAAGUGAUCUGGGUCGUAUCUCUGACGCGUCCUACCUACCAACCCAGCAGGACGUACUUAGGGUUCGAGUCCCAACCACUGGGAUUAUAGAAUACCCUUUCGACUUGCAAAGCAUCAUUUUCAGGAUGGUGGAUGUUGGAGGUCAGAGGUCAGAGAGGAGGAAGUGGAUCCAUUGCUUUGAGAACGUCACCUCUAUCAUGUUUCUGGUGGCGCUCAGCGAGUACGACCAGGUUCUGGUGGAGUCCGACAAUGAGAACCGUAUGGAGGAGAGCAAAGCUUUGUUCAGGACCAUCAUCACAUAUCCCUGGUUCCAGAACUCCUCUGUAAUUCUGUUCCUCAACAAGAAAGACCUGCUGGAGGAGAAAAUCAUGUUCUCUCACCUGGUCGACUAUUUUCCAGAGUUCGAUGGUCCUCAACGGGACGCUCAGGCGGGUCGGGAGUUCAUCCUGAAGAUGUUUGUGGACUUGAACCCUGACAGUGACAAGAUAAUCUACUCUCACUUCACGUGUGCCACCGACACGGAGAACAUCCGCUUCGUCUUCGCAGCUGUCAAAGACACCAUCUUGCAGCUCAAUCUCAAAGAGUACAACUUGGUGUGAAGGGAGGAUCCGCGAGCGAGACGCCGGCCUCUCAAGACACGCUUUGGUGCAGGAGUUGCCCUCCGGAGACGAACACCUGCAUGAAACACACUGCUGCACAAAGAGACGAGCAACGCUUCAUUCUUUACCAGACGCUUAUCCCUUUUUGCUCCUUCUCUUCAUGCGGUUGUGUUUGGUUUGUUGACAAUUUAGAGAUAUGAUUUUCCUGUUUUGUGGUUUUUACCAACUGCUGGUCUUGCACAGUCACAAAUGAUACACAUUUAAACACUUUUGUCCUCUUUUUGGAUGCCUCCGGCACACCUCUUGGCUCUCUGUUUGGCUCACCUUUUUUCUACACCACAUUAUCAUUUUUUUUUUCCAUUUUUUUUUAGUGUUAGAGGUAGACAGGAGUGGGAUGGGGGCAUCUCUGGGUAGAACAAGCCUUUGUGGACAAAGGGCUCUCUCAUGCAUGCUAUACACUACAGCAUGGGUUUGUGACACCAGGCUGCAGAUUACUGGACUCCGCUUAUCUGCGAAGGAUGACUAAUUUUGAAAUAUUGCAACUAGGCAAUGCUGAGGUGCAGUCAGGUACUUAGUUCCCUGGAACUCCAAUUGUUUUUUUUCUUUUCUUUUUAAUCACCCUGAUUUCCACCAGAGCAGACAAGCUCUAUUGAAUGUAAAUAAGGUUUUGAUGCUGCCCACACAGAGUGAGGGCUGUUACAAAGAUGACUAAAUGCUCUCUCUUCACUUUAGAUAUAUUCAGAAAUGUUAACUUCUUGAGCAGGUUAUUUCCGCUAUUAUUUGUCUGUUAAUUAUAUUGAAGAUGACUACUCAAAGGAGUACACGAGAAAAAGUCGCAAUUUAACUCUCAAUUCUGCAAAUGGUCAGUGACAACACUAGUGGUAUUUAUUGCUGUUGUUGGAGUUUUCACGUUGCCAAACUCAAACUAUCUGGGGUCGAUCAUUUUUAAAAUAUAUAUAUUAGUUUGUCACCAGUAUAAUGUCCGUUCUUUAAAUGUUACUUAUUGAGAAAAGAGAUUAAGGAUCUGAUGUUAAAAUCAGUUGGGUCAGAUUCCCAUGUUUCUCAGGGGCUUUUUUUUUUUUUUUAAAUGUCGAAGUCUGAAUUGGUCAUGUAAUUGAAAUCAUGUUUUCUUGUUUUUUUAAAAUGCAAUUGGUUAUUCCAGAUCACUAUCAUAGUAAGAUGUCGGGGAACUACAGCUUUUAGGUUGCUGGUUUAAGCUUCGAUUGGUCCUGAACAUUCAUGGGGCUUUUUUUCCAAAAAUAAACACACCGUGAUCAAAUAGGGUAUUUUUUUUUACUAUUAUUUAUCACAGCUCUGUUGAUUCAGUAUUCCAAACCUUAUUUCAGAUCAUGUUUUUUCCAACUUUGUUAAUGGAAAAAUUUUUAUACUGCUGUAAAAUAUCCAAACUAUUUUAUGGACAAGUGUUCUAUCUUUCUGAUGAUGCGUCAUGUUUAGUUUUUGCGGGUCGGUUUUGACGUAAUUGCUGAUCGGGGGAAAAUAAUGUUUCAAUGUCAGGUUUGUGCUUUAUGCAAAUCAAAACAGACAAAAAAAAAAAGAAAAAAAAAGAAAACUUUAUGGUUAAAUAUUUGCUGUUUUAAAGAUUCUUUCAGAUUUUUGGGAAAAUUUUUAAGGAUGUGCGUUGGCUAUUGGUACAAAUCCCAUAUCGUGUAUUUUUCCGGGUAGCUGUUGAAAUACUUCUCUAAGAUUUGUGAUUGCUAUUUUUGUCUUCACAAUGUAAUUCAGGUGAGUUUUCAUAACUUUUUCAUCACAAGGGCUACUCCUAGCAGAUCUGAUUGAGCUCACUAUAGAAGACAAAAGAGAGCUAAAGGUGCAAUUGAUGACCGAGGUGGGUCGGGGUUUUGGCCAGCUGAACUGAGUUGGAUGCAAGUUAAGGGAGGAGGAAUGGUGACGCUCCUGUAGGAAGUCUGGCCACAGUCCACUUGUUUAGUUUUUGAUUUUAAAUGAAAAGGAAAGAGGAGAAUCCUCAAGGUCCAUUUGGUGUCCUGCCUGUUGGACUGUACCGUCCAGUAAUUCUGAUGGGAUUCUGCAAAGGUCUUCUUGACCUUCAUUGUUUUCCAUAACGUGCAUUUGCCUUUACAACCGCAGUGUUUGACUUUAACUUUGACCCCUUGUUGGAAGGGCUAAGACAAUUUGAUCCUCGCAUGGUUUAGAAACACAAAGAAGUGGGUGGGUUAACAGUUAAGAUUUUCAUCAUCUUUUGUUAUUGAGAAGUUGGAACCUUCAUGAAGUGAAGUUGACUGUGCUUUGCUUUGAUUUCUUUGUUUUUUUCCAACCAAUUUAUGUUGUGAAAUACUCGAGGGAUGAACAUUCUGGCUAAUUUCCUAGGUUUCUACACGGUUUUGAAGAGAGGGCGAUUCGAUUUAAUCAUUUUACAAGUUUGGAAAGCGGUUAAAUAAAAAAAUAAAGGAAAAGACUGUAGAGUAAAGAUAAUGCACAUUUCAACUCUUAUUCUGUGACAUCAAAAGGAAAACUGAAUAUCCGACAAAUCAAGGGCUGUUCCAUGUCGGAUUUAAGAUCUGUUUAGCACAUUUUUAAAAUAACUUUAAGAUUAGUAACUCUGGCUCUAGAAUCAACUUCAAACACCAUUAAAUAACUUACUGUAAAUGCUGUGCACGUUAGAUGUCUGGAAUGUCAUCAAAGCUGCUG